AGCACCACCAACUAAUGUGCCAAUGCAAUGUCCAAAUCAGAUAACUUAACCUGCAGGGAACUCCAACUCAUUUGUUUUCAACACCUUUUCAAUUGGCUCCCCAAAAUUUCAAAUCCACAAACACACACACUCAGAAUAUAUAUUCCUUCUCAACCAUCUGUGCCCUGCAUCUCUCAGUUGCAACUAGCUAGUCUCACUAAGCAACUACUAGUACCUUUCAUUCAAGUCAAGUUCACCAGAUACCUUGGUGAGGACUUCAUGGCUUCAACAGAGUCUGACCCUGAGCACAAAUCAUCUUCAACUCCACCACCUCCUCCGGCCGGCGGUGUGGACUACUUUAAAUUCGACGUGAUCCUCAGAUUCCUGUUAUUGGCCGCAUCAGUAGUGGCGCUUGCAGUGAUUACCUCCAGUGACCAAACAGAGCUAGUGCUAUUCCAAGGAAGGCCUGUGCUACAGCCAGCCAAGUUCAAAUACUCACCAGCUUUUAUAUAUUUUGUGGUUGCAUUCUCUGUUUCUGGCCUUUAUGCCCUUAUUUCUGCUCUUGCAUCUAUCUCUGUCAUCCAGAAGCCAGAAUUCAAAUUGAAGUUCCUCCUCCACUUUAUCUUCUGGGAUGCGCUGAUACUGGGGAUAACAGCCUCAGCAACAGGAGCAGCUGGGAGUGUCGCAUAUAUCGGUUUAAAGGGAAACAGCCAUGUGGGUUGGAGUAAAGUUUGCAAUGUUUAUGAUAAGUUCUGUAGGCAUCUCGGUGGUUCAAUAGCAGUGGCAUUGUUUGGCAGCAUUGUGACUGUGUUGCUCGUAUGUCUUUCAGCUUACACCAUUCACAGUCGCGUCCCCAAGUAAAUUGAAGGAGUAUGGACAAUUCAGUGUGUCAAGUUGAUAUUCUUAGAUUGAUGUGAAUAACUUCAUGAGUUGUGUUUUUUUUAGUGUUGAUUAUUUGUAAAUGAUGGCCUCCAUGGCUCGCCAGUUAUAAUUUGCAUUAUGGUCAUUUUGAAAAUGGUGCCUCAAAAAUAAAAAUUAGAAAGUUUAUAAUUAA